AUGUGGGAGAAGGACAAGCCUCUGGAUAUUUUGCAGGCUAACGAUACUCUGCUAAAGAAGAAUGUGGGUUUUGGAAACAUGGUGGGGGGGUCCAGCGGGGGGUCCAACCCACAUGAAGAGGUUCUAGAGACUGGAAAAGAUUCUAGAAAAUUGUCAUCCCUUUUUGGAACUAGACCAUCUGGAAAAUCCUCCUUGCCUCUUGUCAAGAACAUAUCAGACCCUACUGGUGGUAAUUUCACCAUUUCUAUCCUUGAUUCGGUUCUGGAUCAUAACAUAAGUAGUAUGUCUAACUCUCUAGUGGGUAAAUUCAUGGGACCAUGCCCAAACACUGAAUUUGUUAGGGCUUAUGUCAAAUGGAAAUGGGCUUUGAAAGUUAAUGUUGAAAUUUCAACUCUGCCCAAAGGCCUCCUCACCUUUGCCUUUUCAUGUGAAGAAGAUAAAAUAAGGAUCCUCUAUGGUAGUCCUUGGUUAGUUGGAAAGACAGCUCUGGUCCUUCAGAAAUGGCAUCUGAAUCUAAACAUGAGUGAUUAUCUUCUAGUGCAAGUCCUAGUUUGGGUUAAGUUACUAGGUCUGCCUCUUGAGUAUUGGGCAGAAAGCAUUUUCUCAGGUAUAGAAAGCUCUUUUGGUGAGCUCCUCUCAAUAGAUCCAAUCACAACUUCUAGAAGGAGGCUCACUCAUGCCAUAUUUUGUGUAGGGAUCGCCCACGAUGUAGAUAUGCCUAAAUAG